AUGGUAGAUCAAGGUAGCGCUGUGGAUAUAGUGUAUCCAGACUUGUAUAAGGGGCUUGGUUUGAAGUCAGAGGAUUUAGCAACCUACAACUCCCCUCUAGUAAAUUUUGAGGGAAGGAUGGUCGCUCUCAAAGGAUUGAUCAGACUGCCUGUACAAGCAGGUACAGAUGUGGUGGAGGUGGACUUUAUUGUCGUAGACGUUUUCUCUCCGUACACGGCUAUUAUGGGCAGACCUUGGCUUCAUACCCUUAAAGCGGUCUCCUCUACUUUGCAUCAGAAAGUGAAGUAUCCAUCCGGAGGCCAAGUGUUGGAAAUAGUUGGGGCUAAGUUGCCUUUGCAAGAGAAGGAGAGGUUGCUGGAAUUCCUCCGGGAAAAUGUAGACGUGUUUGCAUGGAACCCAUAUGAAGCCCCAGGUGUGGACCCGAAUUUCAUUUGUCAUCGACUUAAUGUGAAUCCCGUCGUUAUUCCCAGGAGACAGCCUCCUCGGUGGCCAACGAAGGAGCACGCCGAGGCUGUUAGGAGUGAGAGUAAAGUGGUGUCCGAGCAUGUAGAAGAUCUCACGAGUAUUUUUAGGAUACUGAGAAAACACAAGUUACGCUUGAAUGCUUCGAAGUGCUCCUUCGAUGUGGGUUCCAAGAAGUUCUUGGGUUACAUGGUGACCCAUAGAGGAAUUGAAGUGAACCCAGAUCAAAUUAAGGCCAUUAACGAUUUACAAGCACCUCGGAAUCCAAAAGAAGUACAGAAACUGAUGGGAAUGAUUGCUACUUUAAACCGGUUCAUCUCAAGGUCAGCCGAGAGGUGUCACCCUUUUUUCCGUCUAUUGCAUAAGUGGCGAGGAUUUGAAUGGACCGAGGAGUGUGCUGUGGCAUUCCAACAAUUGAAAGAAUACCUAUUCAGGCCGCCUAUCAUGUCUAGUCCUGAGAUGGAUGAGGUAUUGUUUGCUUAUCUGGCGAUUGCCCCUCAUGCAGUUAGUUUCGUCUUGAUACGAGAGGACAGUGGCGUCCAAAGGCCAGUGUACUAUGUAAGCAAAUCCCUUCAUGAGGCCGAGGUGAGAUACUUGUCAUUAGAAAAGGUCAUCUUGGCUGUGGUCCAUGCAACACGCAAACUUCCGCAUUACUUUCAGGCCCAUACUGUGGUUAUUUUGACCCAGCUACCCCUCAAGUCCAUACUAAGAAGUGCAGACUACACCGAAAGAAUUGCUAAGUGGGGCAUGAUUCUGGGUGCCUUCGAUAUCAAGUACAUGCCUCGCACCUCUGUGAAAGGUCAAGUCCUUGCCGAUCUGGUGGCCAAGUUCGCCGAGUGCCCAGAAGAAGUUAAUAUGAAGCAAGACCACAUGUAUGAAAAAUCGGUUGGCCUAAUAUCCACACAAGGCGGGUCCUCUUGGAGGGUGUAUGUGGAUGGGGCAGCAAACCAACGGGGAGCAGGAUUGGGAUUAGUAUUGAUAUCCCUCGAAGAGGUCAUCAUCGAGAAGUCAUUGAGGUUAGGGUUCUCGGCUACUAACAACGAAGCGGAAUACGAAGCUUUGUUGAUGGGAAUGAGUAUGGUCCAAAAAAUGGGCGGAAAGGUAGUGGAAUUAUUCUCGGACUCGGGAUUGGUAGUCGGCCAGGUGAGAGGAGAACUGGAGGCCCGGGAUCCAAGGAUGCAGGGGUAUCUGAGCCAGGUUAGGAGUAUGCAAGCGAAGUUUGAGUCUUUCGACUUAUCGCAUAUUCCCCGAGAUGAAAAUACUGAUGCCAACUCCUUGGCAACCCUUGCCACUUCCUCAGUAUGGAAUUUUCCUUGGUUGAUCAUCGUUGAAGACUUGCGUACCCCCACCUCACCAGAAAAGGACGUUCACCAAGUCUAUCAGACCAGUCUAGCGCCGAGCUGGAUGGAUCCCAUAUUGAAAUUCCUUGACAGUGACAUAUUGCCCGAAGAGAAAGUAGAAGCUGAGAAAAUACGGAGAAAAGCUCCUCGGUACUGGUUAUCUGAGGAUAAAAAGUUAUACAAACGGUCAUUCUCUGGGCCGUACCUGCUCUGUGUGCCUCCUGAGACGUCAGAAUCAAUCCUAGAAGAAUUGCAUGAAGGCAUUUAUGGAAGUCAUACAGAGGGAAGGUCUCUAUCACUCCAAGCCAUCACACAAGGAUAUUGGUGGCCAAAUAUGCAGAAGGAAGCGCAAGAAAAGUAA